AUGUCGACGUCCCUUGCUGUUACUAUUUUGAACUUGGGUAUUGGCGCCGUGAGCAGAAUCCCCGCAGAGAAUAUAUCAGAUGAGGUGGAUAAACACAAAGACGAAAUGGCGAUGAAAAUACUCAUACUGGCUGCAAAUACUUUGGUAAUUGGCCUGCUUGUCGGUAAGGAUGGCUAAGACGAACAACAUGUUUGUGACAAUACAUGUGCAAACGUUAGUUAAUUCUUUGCCGUGAAACACGUGACAAAAUAACAGAAUACUGACCGACGGUUAAGGUGAUGCAUAUUGUAAUACACAGCGAUCUACACGUUCAAGCGGUUACUGAACAGACAUUUAAUCUCUAUGAAGUGCCUUCAAGGUACAAACGAAACUGAAUAUAUAAUGAGUCUAGCAGCACGUGCAAAUGAAAUUCAACACAGGGCGUGAAAAUUACAAUAUUAUAACACAUAUCGUUGUGACAUUUGUUGCAACACUCCAAAAUACAAGCCAGUUAACCCCAAAAGAGAGCCAAAGUGAUCUAGCAUAUAGCUCUAGUGAUUUCUCGGAGGAGCAAACAAAUUUAUAUCCAUGUUGAAAUCGCCUGUGGUCCUUGCAAUCUGAUUGGCUCUCACCGGUGUGAUUUAUUCUUAAAUCGUGCUAUUUUAUGCUCUAAACCGCAUUUUUUUCCCUUGCCAUUGAGACAGCUUUACCAAAACACAACAACCAAUCAAAUUUGUUUAAAGAAAUUAAUCAAAUUGCAGGAAAACGAGAGACAAAUUUUGCAUCUGUUUUGAGACCAGCUCAAUAUACCGAAUCAAUAUAACAUUUGUACAGACUAACACAAGUUGUAUUGAGUGAAACCGAAGCCCCUAAAUAAAAUUCUCCAGGAGUUUUAUAAAAAAGUUCGUAGGAAAGACGGGGAAGAUUAAGAGCGUGAUAGAUUUCGUGUAAUGGUUGCGGCUGUCGAUUGAUGCCUAACAGAGAAAGAAUACAAACGCUAAACUAUUCUUUAGAGAGGUUUUAAAAGUUUGAAGAAAGUUCUUGAGGGAAAAGCCCAAAAACUCCGUUAACAAGGCAGAGGCAGGCUGCCGAACUGGUGAGCCAUGACAUGAAAUAAGAAAAAGUAAAUAGGAAAACAUAGUCAUAUUUUUGCUUGUAUAUCAAUAACUAAUAAUCAUAUGAUUUUUUCGUGCAAUUUAAGAUAAAUCAGCACUUGCAAAUCUUUCAAAGACUAAAAAUUGCAAAAUUUGCACAAUUAAAAAUUUUAUUAACCUUUGAAAAAUUUACUCGUGCUGAUUCAUCCUAAACUGCAAGAGAAAUAUAUUAUGACUACUUAUACAGAUUGUACGCCACUCACUUUUGGUACCAUAAUUAAUGCUCUGAACACCUGGGUGAGAGCGUUUCAAGCCGGGUUGGGAAUGAAUAGAUUAGGAAGCGUGUCUGAUGCUAAAAACAUCCGAAUAUAAAUGAUACACUAAAACGAGUGAAGCGACAAAAAUUGAUGUUUUCAUACCGGAGGAGAUAUUAAGAGAAGCCUUAUUCGUUCGUGGAUACUGAUUUGAGUGUAAUUUUUGGUUUCCUUUGCCUGACGACUUCGACGGAAGUAGCCUUUCGGGUUGUGGACAAACAUUGAAGCCACGCUGAGUUUUGUAUAAAAGUUUGUCGCAUUUAUCGUUUUUAAAUACAAUACUAUCACAAUUCUGUUCUUAUUUUUUCUUUUUUGUUAUUGCCCCCGCAGGGUUUUUGGCCCCAGAGGGCCAAAAACCCGAGGAGGCACCUUAGGACUCCCCGCGUAAUAUAGAGGAAGACUGGAGAAGAGAGAAUGUGGGUAUUUUCGGUAGAUCAUAACCAGAAAAAAUCUCGAUUUGAUCGCUUGCACGGCCGCAAGGUAUCAACGUUUUUCCCGCAAAUGGUCAUGGGCGGCCAGCAAAAAGACACGCGCGCGAGGACUUUUAGGAUCGGCGUCUUUGCCCUCUUAAGGUAUAAUGUUGUGUCUAAUAACGAGUCUAUUAUGUGCAAAAUGUCAGGUUUAAAUAUAAUAAUAAACUGUUCUUCAAUGCUGUUUAUGAAUUGUUCUACAAUGCCACGUAUAACAUUCCAAUAUUAAAAUUGACCCAAGUCCCUACAUUCUGCUUCUUCUUGAUCGUGAAGAACAAACAAAUCCAAAGUUAAACCACACAGCAAAAGAAAAAAACAUUCCAAGCACUUCCCAAAGCUACAUUUUGUACACUUUUAGUAUUUUGAGAUCCAAAAUUUCUAAAACCAAAGAACUGAGCCGCAAUUCCCUAACAACAUAACAGAAAAAUUACGCAACUGUAAACAACAAGCCCAACUAAAAAAAACAAACAAACAAAAGAAAAUGGUACUGUAGGGCGGGGGCAGCUCUAGUGAGAACUAUAACUAGUUGAUAUGAGGUCUUUAGAGAAGCAAGAGAAUCGACCGUUUGCCUUACCGCGCAUUAAAAAACGGAAAUAAUUGUUUGGCGUGUUUGCUCGCUUAAGUUCAGACCUAUUUAUACUUAUCAUUCAAGAAAUGAGGUAACCAAUGUUUUUAUUCUUGAGGGCGCUUCUGGUAAUCCCUAACUCUUAGCCAGCAUUACGUCGCCGGCUUUUUCUCUAGGGUAUCCUUAACAGCAAGGGGACCCACUUCCCAAGCCAAGGCUUAAAACAUGAUUUAAAGUGAUUACUCACGUAACAUUGCUCAGCAGCUUACAUUAAAUAAGGCAUUCGUUAUGCUGUGUCCUAUCCUGGAAAGCGAUAAAAGUAUCGUAACCAUAACGUUACUUGCUAUUUAACGUUUAUCAAUUUUUCGCAAAAUUUUAUUGAUAGUCUACCGCCUAUAACGUCUAUAAAGUAGAACUUUACGAAAUUUUAAAUCUACACUCUUUAAACUUUCAUAAAGAAAUCUCAUAGAAAUCUCCUUAUAUGUAAUUAUCCAGAUUUUAGCUUUGAAUGGUUCAGGUUUGCAUCGCUAUUAGAUGGCUUACUCAUUAGUUAUUACUUUUUACUCAUUAUCAGUGAGCGCACUGAUAUAAAUUGGAGAAACGUGCUACAUUUCAAAUUGAAGGGGCAAAUACAUUAAAAAUAGAUGAAAAGAAAUAAUAGCAAGGCUUCUUUUGAUUAUUGCCUUCGACGGAAAAUGUUUGCUUUAUCCAAAAAAAAAAAUUAAACAAAUAACAAUUUUGAAUUUUAUCUCUGCCUCAGGUCAGUACGUGAUGUUUUUAUACGAAUAUUUGAAGGAAUGGCACAAAAACCCACAAUGCUCCUCUUCAUGCUGUCUGGCUUUGCUCCUUCCUCUGAACGACUUGCAAGGAGAAAUUCGAGGAAUGGUUGGCAAAAACUUGAUGAAAACUCAGCUUGACGCAGGUAUGUUGGCGAAACCGUCCAUUGCUGCCACUGCAAAGGACAGUGGAGCUAUGAGCUUUACUCUUUGUGGUGAAGACGUCGAACACGAAAAGGAAGACAAACGAAAAGAUGAAGUUGUCAAAGACAGCAACAGAAAACGUCAUCGCUGGACACAGACAGAAGUUGUAAUGCCACCUUUUGCUUCAACCGUGGAAUCUGGAUCAAUGAGAGGGCAGCAGCGAAUAAACAGGUGAGUGUGAUAAGUACUUUCAGUAUUUUUAUCAAAGAUACAGAAAACCUUGUGUGCAGCAUUUAAACAACCUUUUGCGAAUAUAAUGAGCCAUCGUCCGGGUGAGUGUAGUCCUGAGAAGGACUGUUGUCGGUAGUGGUGACUGACGUUUCGACAACCAGAGCGGAAGUCAUCUUCAGAGUCAAGUGAAUAGUUGUUGUCAAUCGAAUGUUCUUAGUCCGGUAAGUAUAAAGUAUCAAUCAGUAUAAAUCAGUAUAUAUAUUAAAUCUGGUACCAAUCAGUAUAAACUGAUUGGUCAGUUUUGCCGUGAUGUUAUUGGCUGUAAGACUCAAGUGGACUAUCAAAUUAUCAGAACGCUGAAGUUUCUGAUGGAAAAAUAACCGUACCUUCUAUCUCUUUUCUAUGUUCCGUUGAUAGGUAAAUAUGCUCUUUUUCUUCCAUACCAAAAUCCAGACUUUCCAUUCUCAGCACAUUACAUAUUUAAUCACUUAGCUGUGACUUUCUCCGUUUUGUGAUAAUUAUUGUCGAUUUUCUUUGUCUUAUAGCCUUAGCUUUUCUUACUGUCAUCUCAAAGUCAGGUUUUGUAAUCCUUUGGUUAUUUUCAAUCAUUUUUUAGUUCUGUUUCUUAAAAUGGUGGAAAAAGGAGUGAAAAUACAUGACCAAAUCGCAUUUGUAAAGGAAUAGCAGCGCAAAGAGCGAAACAAAAUCCAUCUUGAUUUGACACAAUGCCCAUUUCGCCAGAGCUACUUACCUGGCUUGAAGCCAAGAGUCCAUCCGUGUGCGGGCGAGAAAGCAGAAUUUAAAAUUUUUCCUGCAUUGCAAUUACGCAAAUGAUUUCUAGUAGUGACAAACUCGUCAACGUGUUUCUUUUAAUGUUGUCUUUUUGCAAGCAGUAUGAAACAGAAUGACUGAGUAAAACCUAUACUAAAAUUCCAGGAGGAUUCAGCUCCUCCAAAAAUUGUACUAUCGAUACCUUUUUUUUCUAGACUUCAGCCUUUAAUGCAUGAGAUGCAUACCUCUGGAGAAAACUGUGAUGCAUCAGAAAUACUGAAGACAUUCAUAAAGAAUGAAGCAGAGGGUAAUACACCAGAGAAGCAGAAGGAAGGCUUAAAGAUUGUACCUGAGGGCAAUAUACCACCAAAGCAAAAUGAAGGCAUGAAGAUUGAAGCAGAGUGGAAUGCACAAGCAAAGCAGAAGGAAGGCAUGAAGAUUUUAGUAGAGUGCAACGCACCAACAAGGCAGAAGGAACGCAUGGAAAUUGCAUCAGAGUGCAAUGCAUCGGCAAAGCAGAAAGCAUUCAUGAAGAGAGAAGUAGAGAGUACUGUAUUGGCAAAUCAAGCGGAAGACAUGAAAAUUGCACCAGAGUGCAAUGCACCAACAAAGCAGAGGAAAGGCGUGAAGAUUAUGGAAGAGGGUAAUAGAGUGGCAAAGCUGAAGGCAUUGAUAAAAAGUGAAGCAGAAGGUAAUGCACCGGCAAAUCAAAAAGAAGACAUGAAGAUUGUAGCAGAGUGCAAGCCACCAGCAAAGCAAAAGGAAGAUAUGGAGAUUGGAGCAGUUUGCAAUGCACCAGCAAAGCAGGAGGAAGGCAUGAAGAAUGAGACAGGGGGCAAUGCACUAGCAAAGCAGAAGGAAGGCAUUAAGAUUGUGGCAGAGGGUAAUGCAUUAGCAAAGCAGAAGGAAGGCAUGAAGAAUGAAACAGAGGGCAGUACACGGGCAAACCAAAAGGAAAGCAUGAAGAUUGUAGCGAAGGGUAAUACAGUCCGAAGGCAGAAGGCAUUCAUGAAAAAUGAAACAGAGAGCAAUCCACCUGAAAAGCCAAAGACAUAA